ACGGCGCGACGGGUCGGAAAUCACUAUGGAACGCCAGCGGGCCGCUGUCUGCUCUUGGGCGCUGGCCGCGCUCUGCGUGAUUGUCUCUGGCCAGGCAGUAGCACCAAGUCUGGACGAGCCGCGGGCGGACGGCGCCGCCGCCGCGCUCUUCAGCGCAGGGUUCCCGACCACCAUCACCCAGUUCCAGUGUCCGCCCGGCUGGUGGCUGAUCGUACGCAAGUGCGAAGACAUCAACGAAUGCAGCGGGCAGCAGCAGCCGUGCCCGGGCCUACACACGGUCUGCCGCAACACGCCCGGCAGCUACCGGUGCCAGUGCCGCCGCGGUCACAUCGGCGACCCCUACUCGUUCGCCGGCUGCCUGCCAGAUACUGGAAUAUGUGCGGAGCCGACCACUCCCACACGUCGGGUGGACACGACGACAAAACCAACAACCACCGAUGAUCCGGCUGGAAAUCCUACAACGGAACCUACUUUAACGGAAUCCACCACAACGGGACCUACCUUAACGGAACCCCCCACAACGACACCCACCGUAACGGGACCCCAAACAGCGGAACCCACCACAACGGAGCCCACCACAACGCAACCCACCACGACGGAGCCGACCACGACGCAACCAACCACGACGGAGCCGACCACGACGCAACCAACUACGACGGAACCGACCACGACGGAGCCGACCACGACGGAACCCACUACGACGGAGCCCACUACGACGGAACCGACCACGACGGAACCGACCACGACGGAACCCACCACGACAGAACCAAUCACGACCGGAUCUACAACGGCCCCCACCACGCCUAUGAACGACCCGACCACAAUACCUACCACUGAUCGCACAUUGAUAAUCGUCACGUCUGAAGCUACCACCCAGGGAACAACCACCGAAUCUACUAAACCCACUAAACCCACUGGAGCCGCAGGUGAUGUCACCACGGGUGACACUGACCUUCCAUUCCCUAGCAGUUUUAUCACCACAGUGAAAGUUCAAACAACCACCAGGCCAGCCAUCCCGCCGGGCUACUCGCGCUGCCUGUCGGCGGGCAUCAACACCGGCUCCUUCCUCCGGCUGGUGACGCAGCCGACGCUGCCGUGGGCCGAGGCGGCGGUUGUCUGCCGCGCCCACCACCCCGACUCCCGGCUCGUCAAGAUCACCGACGCCUCCCUCAACCGGUGCAUGCAGACGUGGCUGCAGUUCCAGAGGAACACCUACCACGCGUGGAUCGGCCUGAGGCUAGUCGGAGGAGAGUUUCGCUGGCCGGAUGGCACGACCGCGGCCGGCUUGUUCGAGGCAUGGGGCCGCAACCAGCCGCUCCAGCAGGCCACGCAGCAGUGCGUGCGCAUCUACAGCUUCAACGGCUUCUGGGAGACCGCCGACUGCGACAGCGAGCUGGCCUUCUUCUGCGAAAUCCCCGCCUGAGACGGUGGCGGUGGCGGAGGCGACGGUCCGCUGACUGCCAGUUACGACAGCGACGGUCCGCCGACUGCCAGUUACGACAGCGACGGUCCACCGGCUGCCAGUUACGACAGCGACGGUCCGCCGACUGCCAGUUACGACAGCGAUGGUCCGCCGACUGCCAGUUACGACAGCGACGGUCUACCGGCUGCCAGUUACGACAGCGACGGUCCACCGGCCGCCAGUUACGACAGCGACGGUCCGCUGACUGCCAGUUACGACGGCGUGGUGGCGCCGGGGGGCCAGGCCUGGCGUCAG